AUGGCUCUUCUGUUUCUUCUUGCAAUCACCGCAUCCAUUGGUGUUAUCACUUAUUACCUUUUCGCAUGGACUUACUGGUAUCGACGAGGCAUUCCUGGUCCGUUGGGACUCCCAUUUCUUGGAUGUCUACCUCAGAUGUUCAAUAAGGUGUCUCCUGCGAUUCUUAAAAUACAGAAAUGGACAAAGAAAUAUGGUCGUGUAUACGGUUUCACAGAAGGGCCAUCAAGAACAUUGGUAAUCAGCGAUCCCGAAUUGGCCAACGAAGUGUUCGUCAAGCAGUUUGACAAUUUCAAUGCCAGAAAAUUGAAUGCCUUUCAAGGAGAUCCGGACGAUGAACCCCAAACUCAUUUGUUCGAAGCCCGCGGUUUUCGAUGGAAGCGCCUGCGGAAUAUAACAAGUCCAAGUUUUUCGAAUUCAAGUCUUAGAAAGGUUAUGGCUAAAAUUCAUUUGAGUGCCGAUGAGUUGAUGAAGCAUUUAGAAGACAAAUGGAAAUGUGGGAAAUCUGUCGAUAUUUCAAAAUUCUAUCAAGAAUACACGAUGGAGCUGAUUUGUCGUGUUGCAAUUGGGCAAAUCGAAUCAAAAAUGUUCAAUAACCCGCUGAUUGAGAAUAUUCAUAAGUUAUUCUCCUCUCAAAUUCCAUUCAUUUUCUGCGGAACAUUUCCACAUUUGGCGAAUUUCGCUCGAAUUGCUUGUCUCGUUUUUCGCAAACAAUUCGGAUUGGAAUCUUUCUUCGAAAUAACCAAUUUAAGUACAAAAGCAAUCAACGAUCGGAUAGAUUCACGCAAAGAAAAUGAGCAGAAUGGAAUUAAAUAUGAAGGUCCCAACGACUUUAUCGAUUUGUUCUUAGACGCAAAAGUCGAUGAAAAUCUUUGGAAAAAUGAAACAGGCUCAACAUUCUCGUCUAAAAAUUCAACAAAAAUUGAGAAAAAACUAUCAAUUGACGAAAUAGUUGCCCAAUGCGUUCUGUUUCUAACCGCUGGAUUCGACACAACGAGCACGUCGCUUUCAUUCGUCACCUACUUCAUUGCGAAACAUCAAGAUGUUCAAGAAAAACUUUUCAACGAAAUUGCCGAAAAUUGUCCAAAUAUGGAAUUUUCUUUCGACAAUCUGGCAAAGUUGAAGUAUAUGGAAUGUGUGAUCGAUGAAACACUGAGGUUGUACCCAUUCGCGACUGCAGCCUAUAGUCGAAAAUGUACAAAUUCGACAAAAAUUGGAAAUAUCGAUAUUGAAGAGGGCACGAAUAUUCUUGUUGAUGUCAUCACAAUGCACACUGAUGAGGAUAUUUGGGGUCCCGACGCGAAGCAAUUCAAUCCUGAAAGAUUCGAAAAUCGAAAAGAUAUUCCUCGAGGAGCCUAUAUUCCGUUUGGAGCCGGUCCGCGAAUUUGCGUCGGAAUGCGAUUGUCGAUUCUCGAACAAAAACUAUUAUUGGCAGCAAUACUAAACCGAUACAAAAUCAAACUUUGCGAAGAAACGGAGGAUCCGAUUGUAUUAGAAGGAUCGUUUACUGCAAAACCGAGGACAAUGGUUGUAAAAUUGGAGAAAAGACGAAACGAAACAUCUGAUUAA